ACACACAUACAAAGCUUAUAGCUCUUCUCUCUGUAUUAAUCGGCAGCGCAAAACAUUGCAAAACAUAAAAAAAUGGGCCAAACCCUCAAGACAUUGGCUCCUAGAACGGAGGAAAACAAGAUUAAAGAAAUUAGUCCCAUAAUCGAGGAGUUCUAUAACACUCAUUUUGCAGCUGGCACCGAGGAACCAACCACAACUGAAUUCUACAGAGCAAUAUGCGAAGCUGUCGAAGAAAUCAACAAACAGCUCGGUAGCACACAAUUUUGCGUCCCAGAGGAAAGCAAACUCAAGAAAGCAUACGAAGAACACCACCAUGGCAAGGGAAGCUCUCUGAAAAGGGAAGAGUUUCAAAAGAUUUUACAAGAAAUAAUUGUGGGUACAGGAUUUACUGGUGUUGGAGCCAAAGACACACUCAUAUACAUGUUUGGUGUUCCACUCACCGCUUUCCUCAUCAAGCAAAGAAUCAUGCCUCGUGCAAUUCCUAAUGCUUUCUUCAUUCCAGCCAUCACGUCUGCUACUGCCUUCGUGCUCGCUAAACUUAACAAAGUAUAAACCAUCAUAUUGGAUCAUCGAUUGAAAUCUACAUUUGAUUAUUUAAUCAUUGUCAAAUUAUCAAUGAUUUUAUACCUUUCUGUUAAUUAUGUAAUUACUAUUUUGGUUCUCAACUUGUGUUGUAGAUGAUAAUACAUUGGUAUUUGUAUAUUUAUAUAUAUUACAUGAUUAUCAAA